GCGAAAGCUUAUGCCGCAAUAAAUGCGGCAAGUUUUUCUUUCUUAUUUUAGGUGGUAGAUGACUCUUUGUUGUAAGAUUCUUACAAUAAACCGAGAAGGCGGCUACCCCUCUAGGACUCCUGUUUCAAAUCCCGCCUCCCCCGUUGCCGACAGAGCCAGCCCAAUGAGGAAAGGGCCGACUUCUCCUGAACGACAGAAUCGUCUCUCCGAGCCGCUCGCUGGCUUCAGCCGGAGCCCAGCAAAGGUUCACGUCACCGCGCCGCGGAGGCCGUCGAGAGAACGAGAGAGAGGGGUGGAGAAAGGAAGAUGGCUGCUGUCGCUAAUUGCAGGGAGCGGUGAAGAAGAAGCAGCUCUUCAAGUAACGCGUAGACUCUUCCUGUUCUGCUGCGACGCCCCCGUCGCUGUCGUCACCCUCCUCCGACUCUUCGUCUUCCUCCUCCACCACCACCCCCGCUCCAAUUCUUACUGGUGUAGCUGCGGAUGUGCUAAACCGAUGUCUUGCCUUGGUAAUGGACUGGAUGAGAACCAAUAAACUGAAGCGCAGUCCAGACAAAACUGAAAACUGCCCCUUUCACCUUCCUGCCACUUUACUGGCUCAAGUCAUUAGAACUGGUCUGGAUCUCUCCAUGCUUCUGUUUCCAGCAGGAGAAGCAGAAGCAUUGUGUUAAGCCCGGCACAGUUAGACACAGAAACUGUGGUAAUGGCAUGGGAGUGGUAACUGGGCCUAUUAGGCAGCUUUGCUUGUCUUUAAAAGUCUGGCACAGUAUCCAGGAUAGCCUCUCACUGGUGAUGUGGAGCAGAAAGAUAGAUGGCAUCAGGAUUGAGGAGAGAGUUCAUUUUCCACUUUGAGCAUGGCGAGUUGCUGCUUGCCCUGGUUGACCAGAAUGUUGUCCAGACAUUUUAUACCACCCUGCUAACGAUGGGGCAGCUGGAUAUUUCCUAAGAAGAAACAAAACUUACUUUAGCUAAUGUCAGCUAGCUUACUUAAGAUAACUGGCAUUGUGGAAUUUGACCAAGAAUGGCGAGUCUGGUGUCUCAGAGUUUGGUGACAUAUGUGGAAGAAGAAAAUGUUCCAGCUUUGAAGGCAUUUCUUGAGAAGUGCAAAGAUGUGGAUGAGAGGAAUGAGAAUGGUCAGACUCCAUUAAUGCUAGCUGCCGAGCAAGGCAAUUUAGAAAUUGUCCAAGAAUUGAUAAAGAGUGGUGCUAACUGCAACCUGGAAGAUGCAGAUAACUGGACAGCUCUUAUUUCCGCAGCUAAAGAGGGGCAUGCUGCUAUUGUGUCAGAGCUCCUUAAUUGCAAUGUGAACAUAGAACAUCGAGACAUGGGAGGAUGGACAGCCCUUAUGUGGGCAUGCUACAAAGGCUGUACUGAAGUAGCUGAGCUGCUUCUUGAAAGAGGAGCAAACCCAAACAUCACUGGCCUGCAAUAUAGUGUCUAUCCAAUAAUUUGGGCAGCAGGGCGAGGUCACUCUCACAUAGUACAACUCUUAUUGCAAUAUGGAGCUAAAGUCAACUGCUCUGACAAGUAUGGUACUACACCACUGAUCUGGGCAGCAAGAAAAGGUCAUCUGGAAUGUGUGAAAUAUUUGCUGCAUAUGGGAGCAGAUGUCGAUCAAGAAGGCGCUAAUUCUAUGACGGCACUUAUUGUAGCAGUAAAAGGUGGUUUUACAGAUUCAGUAAAAGAACUCCUGAAAAGGAAUCCAAAUGUAAAUUUAACAGAUAAAGAUGGAAACACAGCUUUGAUGAUUGCGUCAAAGGAGGGGCAUACUGAGAUUGUGCAGGACCUCCUAGAUGCAGGAACCUAUGUGAAUAUUCCUGAUAGGAGUGGAGAUACUGUGCUGAUUGGAGCUGUCAGAGGUGGUCAUGUUGAAAUUGUGAGAGCUUUGCUUCAUAAGUAUGCAGAUAUAGACAUUAGAGGGCAGGAUAAUAAAACUGCUUUAUAUUGGGCUGUUGAGAAAGGAAAUGCUACAAUGGUAAGAGAUAUCUUGCAGUGCAAUCCGGAUACUGAAAUAUGUACAAAGGAUGGAGAAACACCUCUUAUAAAGGCCACCAAGAUGAGAAAUAUUGAAAUAGUUGAGCUUCUACUUGACAAAGGAGCUAAAGUUUCUGCUGUAGACAAGAAAGGAGAUACUCCACUUCAUAUUGCUAUUCGUGGAAGAAGCCGCAGACUUGCAGAACUCCUUUUAAGAAAUCCUAAAGAUGGUAGACUGCUUUACAGGCCCAAUAAAGCUGGAGAGACACCCUACAACAUUGACUGCAGCCACCAGAAAAGCAUUUUAACUCAAAUAUUUGGAGCUAGACACUUAUCUCCGACAGAAUCUGAUGGAGAUAUGCUCGGUUAUGAUCUUUAUAGCAGUGCACUAGCCGACAUUCUUAGUGAACCAACUAUGCAGCCCCCCAUCUGUGUUGGGCUGUAUGCCCAAUGGGGAAGUGGGAAAUCUUUUCUCCUCAAGAAACUUGAAGAUGAAAUGAAAACUUUCGCUGGGCAGCAGAUUGAACCUUUGUUCCAAUUUUCCUGGCUUAUUGUGUUCCUUACGUUUUUGUUGUGUGGAGGCCUUGGUUUACUGCUUGCGUUCACCUUGGAUGCAAAACUUGGAAUAGCAGUGGCACUGAGCUUACUGGCACUGCUAUAUGUAUUUUUCACUGUGAUAUACUUUGGUAGCCGAAGGGAAGGAGAGAACUGGAAUUGGGCAUGGAUAUUAAGUACAAGGUUGGCGAGGCAUAUUGGCUACAUGGAGUUGCUUCUUAAACUCAUGUUUGUGAAUCCUCCAGAGCUGCCAGAGCAAACUACUAAAGCCUUACCUGUCAGAUUUUUAUUUACAGAUUACAACAGACUGUCCAGUGUUGGUGGAGAAACUUCAAUGGCUGAAAUGAUUGCCACACUCUCAGAUGCCUGUGAGAGAGAAUUUGGUUUCCUAGCAACACGCCUUUUUCGAGUGUUCAAGACUGAAGAUACUCAAGGUAAAAAGAAAUGGAAGAAAACUUGUUGUCUCCCAUCCUUUGUUAUUUUCCUCUUCAUUCUGAGCUGCAUUGUGGCUGGGAUCACUCUUCUAGCUUAUUUUAAAGUGAAUUCUGAAAACAUGACAGUGAAUGCUAUUCUAAUAUCAUUUCUGUGUGUUGUGGGUUUGGGCUUUGUCUUGAACUGUCGCACUUGGUGGCGAGUGAUGGACUCAGUCUUGAAUUCACAGAGAAAACGGCUCCAUAAUGCUGCUUCAAAGCUACACAAACUGAAAAGUGAGGGGUUUAUGAAAGUUCUUAAAUGUGAAGUAGAACUGAUGGCAAAGAUGGCAAAAACCAUUGAUAGCUUUACUCAGAAUCAAACGAGGCUUGUGGUAAUUAUUGAUGGAUUGGAUGCAUGUGAGCAGGACAAAGUUUUACAGAUGCUUGACACAGUGAGAAUCCUGUUUUCAAAGGGCCCAUUUAUUGCGAUUUUUGCUAGUGAUCCACACAUCAUUAUAAAGGCAAUUAAUCAGAAUCUGAACAGUGUGCUACGUGACUCAAAUAUAAAUGGACAUGAUUACAUGAGAAAUAUAGUACAUUUACCUGUCUUUCUUAACAGUCGUGGACUCAGUAGCGCUAAAAAGAUGAUGGUAGCUGCAACCACGAAUGGAGAUGUUCCGUACUCGGAGAGUUCAGGAUUCCAUGAAGAAAUUGAUCGAAGAGUUUCACAGAAUAGCCUGGGAGAUGUGACCAAGAUUGGAAGCAAAACAGCUCUCAACAGACGGGACACCUACAGAAGAAGACAAAUGCAGCGUACCAUUACACGUCAAAUGUCUUUUGAUCUGACCAAACUGUUGGUUACAGAAGACUGGUUCAGUGAUAUUAGCCCACAGACUAUGAGGCGAUUGCUCAAUAUUGUUUCUGUGACAGGGCGUUUACUGAGAGCUAAUCAGAUCACAUUCAACUGGGAUAGGCUGGCUAGCUGGAUCAACUUGACAGAGCAGUGGCCAUACAGGACAUCUUGGCUCAUAUUGUAUUUGGAAGAAACAGAAGGUGUUCCAGAUCAGUUAACAUUAAAAACAAUCUAUGAGAGAAUUUCAAAGAAUAUUCCAACAACUAAGGAUGUUGAACCUCUCCUUGAAAUUGAUGGGGAUAUUCGGAACUUUGAAGUAUUUUUGUCUUCACGAACUCCAGUCCUUAUAGCACGUGAUGUAAAAACCUUUCUGCCCUGCACAGUGAACCUUGAUCCAAAACUCCGAGAAAUUAUUGCAGAUGUCCGUGCUGCAAGAGACCAAAUAAACAUUGGAGCAAUCCCAUAUCCCACUUUGCCUUUACAAGAGGCUGCUCCUAGAGCAUCAUCAGUGUUUAGUCAGCCUUCAUCAGCCUGUUCUUCAACACACUCCUUUAAUGGGCCUUUCAAUGCAGGAGUUGUAUCACCACAGCCUCACAGCAGCUACUACAGUGGAAUGACAGGACCUCAGCAUCCAUUUUAUAAUAGACCAUUCUUUGCCCCAUAUGUUUACAUGCCAAGGUAUUAUCCUGGCAGUUCUCAUCUCAUCUCACGUCCAUCACUAAAAACGAGUAUGUCCAGGGAACAGAGCAGUGGUCUAGAUGUUAUCAAGGAGGAGGAUGCUGAGUGGCUUCCUUCACCCACAGACCCCUCAAUGGGAACAAUCCCAGUGUCAGGCUCAGGAGCACCUCAUGUGCCUUUGAGCUCAAUGACGGUUGAUGCUGUGUGUGAGAAGCUGAAACAGAUAGAAGGACUCAACCAGAGUAUGCUGGCUCAGUACUCUGCCACUAUCAAAAAGGCAAACAUAAAUGGUCGUGUUUUAGCACAGUGCAACAUUGAUGAACUGAAGCGAGAGAUGAACAUGAAUUUUGGUGACUGGCAUCUCUUCAGGAGUGCAGUGCUUGACAUGAGAAAUGCAGAGAGUCAAGCUGCCCAUGAAGAUUCUCGGACAGUGAAUGAACAUGCCAAUGCAAUACCUCAUAAUGAUCUUGCUCAUCGUCCUGGACUGAACAGCGAAUUGCCUCAUACUGAACUUACUGGUCUUCCGGGUCAAGCUCCCUAUACUCUCAAUUUCAGCUUUGAAGAGUUGAACACUAUUGGUUUAGAAGAAGCCCCUCCACGUCAUAGUAACCUGAGUUGGCAGUCACAAGCCCGCCGAACUCCAAGUCUUUCAAGUCUCAAUUCUCAAGAUUCUAGCAUUGAAAUUUCAAAGCUUACUGAUAAGGUACAGGCAGAAUAUAGAGAUGCAUAUAGAGAAUAUAUUGCUCAAAUGUCACAAUUAGAAGGGGGUGCAAGUUCUAGCACUGUGAGUGGAAGAUCUUCCCCUCAUAGCUCAGCAGCCUUCUAUAUGGGCCAGAGCACAUCCACAGGCUCCCUUCAUUCCAGUAUGGAGCAAGAUAAGGGAAAGGAUUCUGAACAAAAGCAAGAUGAUGGAAGAAAGUCCUUCUUGAUUAAACGGAAUGAUGUUGUAGAUUAUAGUACUUCAGGUGUGUCUACUAAUGAUGCAUCUCCAUUGGAUCCCAUUACUGAAGAAGAUGAAAAAUCAGAUCAGUCUGGCUCCAAGCUUCUCACAGGGAAGAAAUCUUCUGAAAGAACCAGCAUUUUCCAAGCUGCAGACCUAAAGCUGAAGGGUGUAGCUCUGCGCUAUCAGAAACUACCAAGUGAUGAGGAUGAGUCUGGAACAGAAGAAUCUGAUAACACCCCCCUCCUCAAGGAAGGUAAAGAUAGAAAAAUAGAAGGGAAAAUAGAGAAGCAGCCCAAAUCUCCAGAACAUGGAUCUGAGCCUAUUAGAACCCUGAUAAAAGCAAAGGAGUACUUGACAGAUGCUCUUCUAGACAAAAAAGAUUCCUCUGACUCUGGGGUAAGAUCCAAUGAAAGUUCUCCAAACCACUCUCUCCAUAAUGAUGGAGAUGACUCUCAGCUUGAAAAAGCAAAUCUCAUUGAGUUGGAAGAUGAUGGCCGCAGUGGGAAAAGGGGAAUUCCCCAUAGCUUGAGUGGCCUUCAAGAUCCAACCAUGGCACGUAUGUCAAUUUGCUCAGAAGACAAGAAAAGCCCUUCAGAUAGUAGCUUAAUAGCAAGCAGUCCUGAAGAGAACUGGCCAGCAUGCCAGAAAGUCUACAACUUAAACCGAACACCCAGCACAGUGACAUUGAAUAAUAACAGUGCCAACCAAUCAACCAACCGAGCUAAUCAAAAUUUUGAAGAUACUGAAAGUAUCAGAGAGCCUUCUCAAAUCAUUUUGCGCGCUGGAUCAAGUUCUAAUUCUGUUGCAGUUCAAAAUGAUAAUAUCAAAGGUGUGACCCACAAGCGUAGCCAGCGCUCAAGUUAUGCCAGGCUUUCAAAAGAUUCUUCUGAGCUCCUUACUGUUACUGGCUCUGAUGCUGCAGGCUUUGGAGAAGAGAGAGAAAGUAUUCUUUAAAAAGAGAUCCAAGUUAAAAUACAGUCUGCCUGAACAUCUUUUCAACACACUGCCUCUUUUGUUGCUCCUGAUUAGGCUUGUACAUUUUUGUUAAAUCUUCUCUUACCAUGGCUUGGUUCCUUGUCCUUCACUUACCUGGUCCUUUCCAUGGAAAAUGAAGGGCAGCUAGAUUUCAAUGGUUGAGAUUUAAGCAUGUGCUUAAAAUUAGCCAAAAUAUAUGAGCAUCCCCUUAUCAAAUAAAACUUAACUUAUAGUAUAAGUACACAUUCCGUGGUCCACAUGUUGAAAAGACAUGUACUUUUAUUCUUUGGAUGAUCUCAAUGACAGAAAUUAAUAGCUUAUAUAUAUCAUAAGGUUCAGUGCUUCCUAUUUGUUUAGAAAUCGUUUAAUGAACGUAACAUGUCAGGUGACGCAAAAGGGCCAGAAUGUUACAAACCUGAUAUCUACAGAAACAACUACAGUAGGGCCCCACUCAUACGGUGGGUUAUGUUCCAGACCCCUGCUGUAAAGCGAAAACCGCUGUAAAGUGGAACUCAUUGAUUAGAAUGAUGCACAAUGCCCAAAACCCACUGUAAAAGCGGAACAAGCGCCGUAUGAGUGAAGCUUUAGUCUAAUUGAGACGGCCGCAUUAGCGAAGCAUCUUAAAGCGAAGCGCCGUAAAGUGAGGCCCUUCUGUAUUAAUUUACAUUUCUCAGUUCUAUCUGUGACCCUUUAAAAAUAUUGAUAGUUUAAGCACUGAUGCAGAAUUGUCAAAGUAGAACUCUUGUUUGGUGCUUUUAAGCAAUGCUGUCUUUGGGAGUGCCAUGUGUGUGACUAUAGUUUUAAUGGAUUACUGCAUGUUGAAAAUGUUAGCUGUGGCUGAGAUUUGGAUGUAAUUGAUGGACAGCACAAACCUAUACAUGUCUACUCAGAAGUAAGCCCCAUUAAUUUCAAUGAAACUUAUUUCUUGGUAAUUAUGUACAGGACUGCAGCCUGAAUUCUCUGUUUGUUAUAGAUGGCAUUCAUAGUAGUAUUAAAGUAAUUGAACAAAGUAGCUAUGACAUGGUGUUACAUAAACCAUUUUUCAGAGCAGUGUUCGGGCAUAAUCUUUUGAAGCUGUUAUGAAUAUUUACGGUUUUCAAAAAGUAUGGUCUUUGAUUAAUGUGUUUUUAUCUGAUUGUGGAAAGUUAAGAGAAAUUGGAGGUUGUCAUUAUGUCAGUAGUAAGUAAAAAAUUAACAUUUUGGCAUCGUGUAGCAAAACAAUACAGAAUUUUGUCAUUUCUGUUUUUAGUACUGUGCCUGCUGUGUAAUGUCAGCCACGUGUUCUACAAAUGAAGUAUGCAUGUAUUUGAAUAUGAUUGGUGAAUCGUGUGUAUUCCACUAAUACAGAGAGGUUAAUAAAAUAAUAAG